AGAAGAUUGCUGAUCUGUGAAGCAAUAUUUUUACCAUUUAUCCAUUCAUUCAAUUACUUGAAGUACAAUUGGCAAAGCAGCGGGUUCUGUUACUAUAAGCGUGACAGUCAACGAUGGGUCGUAUGCACAGUGGUGGGAAAGGGAUUUCAAGAAGUGCUUUGCCUUAUAGGCGAUCUGUCCCAACAUGGCAAAAAAUGACGGCAGAUGAAGUGAAGGAGCAGAUAUACAAGUUAGCGAAAAAGGGAUUAUCACCAUCUCAAAUUGGUGUUAUUCUGCGUGACAGCUUUGGUGUCGCUCAGGUCAGGUGGCUAGCUGGAAACAAAAUACUUCGCAUUCUGAAGUCCAAGGGUUUGGCACCAGAUAUUCCAGAAGAUUUGUACCAAUUAGUCAAAAAGGCAGUUGCUAUUCGUAAACACUUGGGCAGGAAUGCUAAGGAUAAAGACAGCAAAUUCAGACUUAUUCUGGUUGAAAGUCGUAUUCAACGUUUGGCACGCUACUACAAAAGAAAAAGAGUUCUACCGCCUAACUGGAAGUAUGAUAGUUCCACAGCGUCAACACUGAUUGCUUGAUUCAUAAUAUGACAAUGUAAAGUAUGUGGUUGAAUAAAUUUGUCUUGGCGACAUGUUUGCCAUAAUUUUACAAAAGCAAGGUGGUUGGUUCGUGUUUGGAUUGACCCACUUGCCAUUUUUAAACUACCAUAUCAUUCAAGUAAAUAUCUUAAUAUUUGAUGGGUUCAGUAUAUUCGCUUGUAUUCAUGUUGCAUUUUAG